AAUAAUUCACUUCUCUAAACAAUCCAACCCGUUCACUUCGCUCUACCACUAUUCUUCCCCUCUCCGUCCCCCGUGUCCACCUCUCCACCUUUGGUUCCAGAGCUUUUAGUCAUUGCUCCCCCCCAGCUCUGGAACUCCCUUAAGUUGUGUGUCUGAAAUAUAUGACACAAAUGGAUUGACAACAGAAAGCGUCUUGCCGUUGCAGGAAACAUCCAGAAUCUUUAUUAACAAGCAAAAACCUCUGCUUUUUUCUCAGAUUCAUAUUAUUUAAAAUGUCCAUCUUCUUGUCGUUUGUACAAUAAAACAUUCAUCUUGUCAGUUGAAACACAUUAUUACACAUAGACAAUAUUCUCACUAACAUCCCAAAAACAUCGCAAUAUUCAAUAUUUUUUUACCAUGUUAGAUUACUCAUCAAUCCAGAAAUUAUAUUAUUAUAGUACUCCUCAUAUUUCAGUAACUGUUACUGCAGUAACUUAUUGUAACGGUACAACUUUUGUGGUAGCUAAUGUUAGCUGCACUGCUAAAGUGCUAGUAAACAGACAGUUGGCAAAUUGGCAUUAAUAACAAAAUACAAUAACAUUUAACUGAAAAAUAAUAAACUCAAUAUUUACAGCACACAAUAAUGGCGUGAUAAUUACAUUUUAAGUAGUUGAAAAGACCGUUAUGUAGAGGAGCCUUCCACUAGUUAAUAAACACCCAGCAUCCAACUUCGCCAUAAAACUAUGAACAUAAAAUUACAUUAGGCAAGGCAAAUUUAUUUAUAUAGCACAAUUCAACACAAGGAAAUUCAAUUCAUUGUCUUGAAUUGGAAAUCGUUUAUAAUCCAAUUCAGGGUUUUUGAAGCUGUACUAACCUGAAAUAUAUGACACAAAUGGAUUGACAACAGGAAGCGUCUUGCCGUUGCAGGAAACAUCUAAAAAUAUUAAAUGGCGUUUUUCCGGAUGUAACUAGGCCCGAGUGCAUGUUACUCUGAAAGCAACAGGCUUAUACUGCUCCCUACUGUCAUGACUGGACAUUGCAGGCAGGAUUAAUGUCACAGUUCUAACUCCCUUGUAACUACAUAUAUGUGUACAUAUAUAAAACACUGAAAAUAACACAUUUAUCGUGUUUUCUUUUGUGGGUGUCACACAUGCAUGGCAAAUAUGUAAGUAGUAGUUAGUAAGGAUCUAAACUGCCUUUAAAUAUUGCGUCCAUAUACAUUUUAUCAUUUAUUUAAUGAAACAUUGUUGAGUUAAAAGAGUCUUAGAGUACAUUAAUUUUGAUUUCAAUUUAAUAAAAGGGUAGGGGAGUGCAAAUCUAAUGUGUAAUAUAAAUGGGGGGAAGAAAAAAAAAAGGUCUCAGCUAAACAGCCAAUCACAACCUAGCCUGCGUAUACCACGCCCCCUAAACUAAACUAGAUGCAUUGCCGGGUGUGUGCCCAUAGAUGUCAGCGUCACAAUAAUACUGUCAAAAUAAUUUAUCAAAAAGUUUCCAAGCGCGCUGCUUAUAAUUCGAACAUUUUCAAAUACGAAAGACCGUUGGGACCGUUUUGUAACUUACGACGAGUGUUGUAGACCGUCUAAAAGUCUUUCGGGGGAGGGGCGCCUUUCGCCUCUUACCUGUCCGACCGGGGAGGUGAGGGAGGCGGGGAGUUGAGCCGGGCUCCUCCGGGCAGGUUCUCCGGGUGACGUCAGCAGAAAUGGCGGACCGGGAUGGCAGCGACGCAUCUCCUCCGGCGUCCCAAGCGUCCUUCUAUAAAUCGGACGACGACGACGGAGCGUCUUCGCCCGCCCGGCCCGGCUCGUCGAUCCGCUCUCCCGCCCCGACGUCGACCGGCCACAGCCCCGACGACGACAACGCGGCGGCAAACAAAUUAGGCGAGUCGGGACCGGUGGGGGAAAAAAAACAAACAAAACCACACCGUUCACACGGGAAAAAUCUUUGUUUUUUAGACUCUUUGCUCUUCAACAAAACGGACGAAAGGCUGAGGCUCGCCCGCGAGCGUCGAGAGGAACGCGACAAGCAGAACGCCGCCAAGGAGGCCACGUGGCAGGCGCGGGAGGAGCGAGCCCGUCGCCACUACGAGAAGCAUCUGGAGGAGCGCCGGAGGAAGCUGGAGGAACAGCGGCUCAAGGAAGAGCAGAGACGCUUGGCGGUUGAGGAGAAGCGACGGCAGAAGAUGGCCGACGACAAGGUUCGUCACGAGGCGGUGAUGCGGCGGACCAUGGAGCGGGGUCAGGUGACCCGAGCCAAGGCCAACCGCUGGUCCUGGGGCGGCCCCCCGCCCGCCGACGGCAGCCAUGCCGGUUUUGUCGAAUCCGCUUCCCUCUAUCCGCUCGUCUUCGCCGGACCGGAGCACGCGCCCGGUGCUUUCGGUGUCCGCCGCCGUCACGAGAUCACCGGAUCCCAAUAUGCCGACAGAAGGUCCGUGUCCACGGUCAACUUAUCCAAACAGCACGACCCGGUGAUGACCAAGCGUCUGUCCUCGUCUUCCGCCACGCUCCUCCGCUCGCCUGACCGAGGUCCGCGCCGCCUUCCUUUGACGCCGUGGGAGAGCAACGUGGUCAACCGCCUCCAGCAGCCCACGCACUCGUACCUGGCACGCAGCCGCAGCGCCACGAGUCUCUCCGGAGAGCAACGGGACAUGCCUGUGUGUCCUCGCUCAGUGUCCUGCCACCCGGUGGGCUCGGCGGCGCCGGGCCGCCCGCUGUCUCACAGUCGCAGCCACGAGCGCAGCCUGGGCGGGGAGACGUCUGCGCCCGCCCGCCGGAGGACCGCCGGGAUCGCGCAGACCCCCCAAAAGAACCCCGAUGCUGUCAGAAAGUCGUGGAGCAACCUGUCGCUGCCUCUGGGUCCCGCUCUAACCUUGCCUCUGAAAAUCCGCUCCUCGUCGCCUAUCAAAAGGAACACUAAAUUGAUGGCCCCAUCUCCUGGAAGGCCUCCUCAGAAGAUACAGGGACGCCCCCCGACCCCCAAGAUGCUGAAAUCCCCCGGCGCGGAGGACCCCGGAAACCGGCGUCCCGCGGCGCUCCCCGCAGAGAUCCCGCGGCCGUCCGAAAGCGGCCCGGAAGCAGAAGAGGAUCGAACGACGGCGGGCGGGAACGCGGACUCGACGGCCGUUUCUGACCGCCGGCGGCUUUCGGACACGGCUCUCAAGCCUUCCGCCGGCACCGCCGAUCCGGAGGAGGCCGCUCGCAUCCUGGCAGAGAACCGGCGGCUGGUCCGCGAGCAGAGAGAGAAGGAGGAGAAAGAGCGCCGGCGGCAAGAGGAGCGAGCCAGGUUAGCUGAGGAGGAGAUGGCUCGUCGCGAGGCCGAGGAAGAGGACAGAAGAAUGCAGGAGGAGAGAAGAACAGAGGAGGAGCGACUCAGGCGGGAGCGAGAGGAGGUCGAGAAAGCCCACAAACAGCGAGAGGAGGAAGAGAGUCGGCAGAAAGAGGAGACUGAGAGGCUGAGGCGGGAGCGGGAGAAACACUUCCAGAAAGAGGAGGCCGAGCGCCUGGAGAGGAAGAAGCGUCUGGAGGAGAUCAUGAAGAGGACCAGACGCUCUGACACCGCCGACAAGAAAGUAAUCCCCGGCGAGACCAGCGACAUGGCCGAAGGGACCAGCGGCCCGCAUAGCAACGGUUGCCCGGCGCCCCCCGACACUUCCGCCGGCGACCCUCCCACGCAUAGAAAUAACAUUGAAGCCGAAGGAACAGUAGGAAGGGAGAACGGCCGGUUGGAAGAAGGGCACGAACCGCCUUCGCGUUCCACGUCGGAAGAAAACGGCCUCCCCGAAUCUCGGAGCGCCGGAGCGGACGAUCUCGCGGCGGGGCGGGGAACAGGUGUUUCCAUUCCGCUCUUUUCUCUCGGUUUCUCGGCCCCGCUCAAUUCCGUCCUUUUUAUUUUUAGAUGUCGCCUGAGACGGGACGCCUAACUGUACCGGGAAGUACGAAAGUGGACGCCGGCGGACGCUUUGUGGGACUCGAAAACGGCGACGGGCGCAUUUCCCCAAAGACGGUCACUCCAAAGACGCUUCAAAAUCUCAGGAGGUUUCUUUCAAUAGAGAAGUACCUCUGGAAAGUUGGAAAGGCUUUCCAUUUUUUUUUUCUGUGUUUGAUUUUGGGGCAAAACUUUUGAACUCAUUGCCUAGCAUUGACAGCCCUAGGCGAACGUCGCCCCCCUCCUCCCGGUCAAAUGAAUUGGACGUUAAGCGUCGUCAAUGGCGCCUCGAGAUGAGCAGUUGAUGUCUGAAUCAAUAAGGCGGAAAACACUGACAAGACUGAAAAAGCCGUUUCUGCUCUUGCACUCAUCUGUAAAAGAAACUGCUGUAUUUUAAUAAGCCAUAACAACUAUGUUUGAUAGAACAAUAUGUCUAUAUGCGGCCAUAGCAGAUUCAUGGCGCAUGAAGCCCCCGAACUAUUUUUAAUUUGUCCGUUUUACCCUGGAAACUCCCGUUUACAGACGUGGCGUGACCGCUUAUGUUUUAACCCAGCCAUAAAACGAAGGUAUAUUAUUAUUCAAAAUGUCCAUUAUUAGCUUAGAAUCAUUAAUUGAUGUAAUUGAUUAUUUCGUUAAAAAAAAAUUUUUUUUUAAAAAUGAUUCACUCACAUAUUUUAAACUUUUAAACAAAUUAGAUCGCAAUGAAAAAAUUGGUGUCUGUAAAAAAAAGUCACGGAUAUCUACCUCACAACAUUCGCUUAAUUGUAUUUUUUUGUAACUGUCACAUUCUCUCCAAUAUGUUAGAUGAUAAAUAAUCGAUCCAAACAGAGAAAAAUUGGGAAAAAAAAAAAACGUUUAAAAGGGUAAAUAUAUGAAAAAGAAAAUCUUGACCACUCCUUGAUAUCUUCGAUUUCUGCAUCGCAACCCAUGUUAGAUUACCAUAUUUCACCCAUAAAAUCCAGCUGUGGCCAUUCACAUUUGUGUCUUGACACUCAAUGAUGCAUGCUACAUGGAGUUUUUGGAUCGAAACCAGGUACGUACGCGAUAGUCAUGGCAUCUUUAAUUCUGCUCUUUCAUGCUCUCACCUCCAGAUAGGUUUUGCUGUUUAAAAAAAAAAUAAAAAAUGGCCUCCUAUUCAAAAUUUUUAUUUCACCAGAAAAUUUAGAUGUUAAGCUUUCCGAUGAUGUAGCACAUGUGCAUAUCGGACAAUUUUGAAAUUUGGGGGUCUCAAAUUGGAACUUUAAGUCACCUGAGUGUUUCCCGCCAUAUAUGUUGAAAAGCAUUGCGGGGAUACAACAGUACAUGAAAAUAAACUUUUUAAAAAACAGAAAAUAACAUUGAAAAAUACAACAAAAAUUUAAAGAAUGAAUUUUAAGUUGGGAAAAAAAAAAAUCUAAAUUAUUUGAAAUAAAAAAAUGAAAAUAAUUUGAAAAUGGAGGAAAAUGUAUAGAUUUUUUUUUCAUUAAAACAUUGAUUUUGAUUUUCUUAUUUUUAGCUGUAUGUUUCAAUGUCAUAUUUUCCUUCAAAUUUUACCGUUUUUGUACAUACAUACUGUAUGUAUUUGUCCAAUGCUUUAUGCAUACAGUAUUUGUUAUCCCUUUGGCCGCCAUUGGCGGCGCGAAACGUCCAAUUCAUUGGCAGCCUCUGACUUCAAAUGGAUGGGAUGGGAGGUUGUUUUAUCAUUUUGCUGGAAAUGAAAUGAAGAUGAUGGAAAAAUGCAGUACUGCCAACCGACGUUGACCAUGACAAUGAAUUGAGCGUCAGACAAUAUCUAUAAAUAAUGUAUGAAAGUUGAUCUAUUUUACCAGAAAAUUUAUUGAAACUGAAAAUAAAUCUUAUGUAUGAUA